CAAACCGACGCUCCUCUCUCUCUCUCUUCUUGUUUCUCAACGCUGCCAGAGACGUGGGAGGGAGAGAUUUUCUCCAUUGCAUCAAGAUUUGCCGGUGAAGAAGCUUCAUUCCUCGUUGUGGGGAGUCUUGGGACGGUGGGAAGCUUGGAGAAAGAGGGUUUUUUGGUUUUUAACACCAAGAAGGUAAGAAAUAACUCAUUUUUGCCGUUGAAUCGUUCAUUUCUCUUAUUUCCUACAUUUAUUUGUAUGUUUUUACUUGUUUUGUAAAGAUAUAAUGUCGGAUCCUGCAUGGCAGUGGUGUACAAGGGUGAAUCCCAAAAAUAGAUUAAGAGUUAAGUGCAAUUAUUGUAAGCAAAUCAUAUCAGGAGGGAUUUCUCGCUUUAAACACCAUAUAGCUGGUACACACAGCGAUGUGGCUGCUUGCAAUGGCUCCCAAGAGAUCCCAUUGCCAGCGUAUGUAAAGCACCAGUGUCAGCAACUUCUUGAUGCAGUGAAAGCAAGUAGGAUUGAAAAGGACAUGGAAGAUGCGGAGGAAGGAUAUGGGGACCCACAUGAAGGAGAAGAAAGUGAAGGUGAAGAUGUUCAACUUGAACAAGAAGAUGUUGGUGUCAGUUUGGAAACAACUAAAGGGAAAGGCAUCAUGCAUGGUGGUGGUUCUUCUGCAACCAGAAAAAGAAGAGGUGCAAGUGUAAGUUCAGUUUCACGAGGACGUGGCAGAAGUCAGGGUCGUACUGGUGGUGGUAGAGUACCUACUAUGAAGUCGAGCAAUAUGUCUGGUUCGAUCAAGAAUUUUUUUCCCAAUUAUACUGCUGCUGGUGCUCAGCCUGAGAUUCGUAUAGCCAUGCAAUCAAAGGAUAUUAUUGAAGCAGCAGAUGAAACCAUAGGAAGGUGGUUCUAUGAUGCAUCCAUUCCCUUCAAUGCAGCAAACUCUUAUCAUUAUCAGCCUAUAGCAGAUGCGAUUGCUAGUGUAGGGCGAGGGUAUAAAAUGCCCUCUUUUCAUAAAUUGCGAGGUAAAAUUCUCAACAAUAUAGUUAGAGAUGUGAAGACAUAUUGUGAUGAACUAAAAUUGAGCUGGAAAGCUACAGGAUGCAGUGUAAUGGCAGAUGGGUGGACAGACAUCAAGAACAGAACAUUGGUAAACUUCCUUGUAUAUUGCCCUCUUGGUACUAUGUUCUUAAAAUCUGUUGAUUUGUCUGAUACUCCUAAGACUGCUGAUGUGUUGUUUGGGAUUUUUGAUAAAGUUAUAGAAGAAGUUGGGCCUGAAAAUGUCGUACAAUUUAUCACUGAUAAUGCAGCAAAUUAUAAAGCUGCAGGUGAAAUGUUAGCAGCACGAUAUGGGACAUUUUAUUGGAGUCCAUGUGCUGCUCACUGUGUAAAUCUUAUGCUUCAGGAUCUUGGUGAAAGGGAUGAUAUGAAGUUGACAGUUCACAGAUGCCAAGAAAUCACGAAGUUUAUUUACAAUCAUGCUUAUGUCUUGAAUUUGAUGAGGAAAUUCACAAAUGGGGCUGAAUUGAUUCGACCUGCACAAACACGGUUUGCUACAAAUGUUUUGACUGUGCAGGGUAUAGUCAAGCAAAGAACUUCUCUCAGGCAGAUGUUUUCAAGUGAUGAUUGGGCUGCAUAUCCACAUGCCUAUAAAAGAAAGGCUACGACAGUUGUGGAUACCAUCUUCGAUGUUGACUUUUGGGAAUCAUGUGUGCACUUAUUGAAGAUUUGUGUACCUCUAGUGAAAGUCCUCAGAUUAGUUGAUAGUGAAGAUAGACCUUCUAUUGGAUAUUUAUACGAGUCUAUGGAUAGAGCCAAGGAGGCCAUUAGAGAUAAUAUGAAGGGAAAAAAGAAGUUGUACAUGCCUAUAUGGAAGAUUAUAGAUGAAAGGUGGUCUGGACAACUUCAUCGCCCACUUCAUGCAGCAGCCUACUACCUAAAUCCUGCUAUUAGAUAUCUUCCCACUUUUAAGAAGGACAGAGAGGUCGAGUAUGGCAUGUUGGAUUGCAUUGAUGUGUUAGUAAGUGACAGUAAAGAACAAGACACUAUCCAUAUGUCGAUCAACAAAUAUGAUACGGCUUCUGGUACCAUGGCGAGAGACACAGCAGUUCGAUGCAGGACAACUAUGCGUCCAGAUUUGUGGUGGGAAAGGUUUGGGCCUGAUUGCCCAGAAUUAAGGAAGCUUGCAAUUAGAAUCCUCAGUCAAACAUGUAGUCAAACAUGUAGUGCAACUGGAUGUGAAAGAAAUUGGAGUGUAUUUCAGCACAUCCAUAGUAAGAAGAGGAAUAGGCUGGAACAUAAAAGGUUGAAUGACCUUGUUUAUGUUCGUUAUAAUAUGAAGUUGAGACAAAGGCAACUAGAAACAACAUCUACGAGGAAGCAUCACAAUCAAUAUGAUCCUAUCUUCAUUGACCAUUUUGAUAUAUUAGAUUCUUGGGUUGAAGAAGAACCAGCUGCAAUACUUGAUGAGGACGAUCUUGAUUUUUUGAAUGUUGAAGGAGCAGCAGAGAUUGUUGAAGAAGGAGAGGUUGGGUCGGAGCAAUGGAAUGUUGGUGACAUUCCAUUUGCAACAGAGGGGAUAGAAGAAGAAGUUAUUGAAGAAAAUGAAGAUGAUGAUGAAGAAUGAAGAUGAUGAUGCAAAUGACGAUUGACGAUGCUUUUUGUUUUGAGUUUUGAAAACUAUGUCAAUAUGUUCUGAGUUUUGACUUCUG